GUAUGCAUUUCAACGGGAGAAUAGCUCAAAAUAUAAUCCUACAAUGAAGUCAUUAGCUUUAGCUUGCUUACUCGCCAUUGCUGCGACAAAUGCCUUACCACAGUCAGAAAUUGUUCCUGCACAAAACAGAAUAGUUGAUUAUUGGCUCAUAGAUGCAAUCGAGAUAUUAACUCAAUGGAUCAAGAAUAAAGGAUUAGAUCCCGUAGAAACCGAUAUUGAGUUGGAUUAUGUCAGUCGAGAUGGACUGCUUCAAAUUGUAGGAUUAAUUGAAGGAUUACAAUUCAAAGGUAUCAGCGACAUUAAUAUUGACAAUCUUUACUACAAUAUUAUUUUGGGCAGACUCGAUAUUGACUUGGUUAUCCCCAAGGUCUGGUUUCAUAUUGGUAACUCUAGAAUAAAAGCAGUAUAUGCAGGUUUAAAAGCUGACCUUGAAAUAAAUGGGAGCCUUAUCUUUUUCAACAUCCGUAUCGCCGGUGACGCUCUUCUGAGACUGUUUGGGGGAUCAGUCACUAUUCUCAACAUGAAUCCGAAUUUCAGCAUAGAGCAUAUUGAUGCGGGAUGGACUCUACUCGAAUCUGGUGAAGACUACUCAUGCUGGAUAAACAACAUCUUCAAUACGGAAAUUCCUAAUUUUCUUGAGACUUAUAAGAAUGAAAUCAACACUGUGAUUGGAGAACAGAUCAGGCGAGCUGUCAAUAGGUGGUGGUAA